GUUUCCGGCUUCUUCCUCUUUGGUGAGACUAACAAGACGGAUGAAAUCAAUACUACAAUGAGUAGUUAUAUGGAAUAAACUGAGUGUAAACUUCCCUCUACUGGUAGUUGUUGACUUUACCGCGACGUUUUUACUCUUGUUUGUCGCGUGGGAUUAACGACAAACUGCCGGCUGUCAACUAAAGUGGAUUAUUUAGCUCGAAGCGGAUUGCAGGCAUGAUGGCGUCCAGCUACAACGCUAAGGAAGAAGACGGACACCCCUCCGGUGCUUCGGGUCACGGCGGCCCAGGGGUCGUGAAAAGUAAAAAGCCGGACAACACAGCGUUUAAACAGCAGAGGUUACCGGCCUGGCAGCCCAUCCUGACAGCAGGCACCGUGCUGCCAGCUUUCUUCGUUAUCGGACUCAUCUUCAUCCCCAUCGGCAUCGGCCUGUUUGUCACAUCGAACAACAUCAAAGAGUUCGAGAUUGAUUACACUGGUGUGGACAUGGACAGCCCGUGUUACACCUGCGCCAAGAACUCCAGCUGGAACAACACAACACCGUGUACCUGCUCUGUGGACUUCACAUUGGAGCAGCCAUUUGAGAGCAAUGUCUUCAUGUACUAUGGCUUAUCCAACUUCUAUCAGAACCACAGACGCUAUGUCAAGUCCAGAGAUGACAGUCAAUUGAAUGGCGGGCGGUCUGCUUUGAUGGAACCCAGCAAGGAAUGUGAACCAUAUCGUAAAACUGACGGAGUGCCCAUUGCUCCAUGUGGGGCCAUAGCUAACAGCCUUUUCAAUGACACUUUGGAGCUGUUUCAUAUUGAUUCCAAUGGCAGCAGAAAUGCAGUUCCUCUAGUAAAGAAGGGCAUUGCAUGGUGGACAGACAAGCAUGUGAAGUUCAGGAAUCCUGGUGGAAACAACAACCUCACUCUAGCUUUCCAAGGCACAGCUAAGCCAGUGAACUGGAGGAAACCAGUGUACGAGUUGGACCCAUCGGAUCCUGAAAACAACGGCUUUAUCAAUGAGGACUUCAUUGUGUGGAUGCGCACGGCUGCGUUGCCCACCUUUCGGAAACUCUACCGCAUCAUCCAGAAGAAGUCUAGCACCACUCCAACUCUACCCAGUGGCAAAUACACCUUGGACAUCACCUACAAUUACCCCGUGCUCAGCUUUGAUGGUCGCAAGCGAAUGAUCCUGAGCACCAUCUCCUGGAUGGGAGGGAAGAACCCCUUCCUGGGCAUCGCCUACAUCACUGUGGGCUCCAUCUGCUUCUUCCUGGGUGUAGUUCUUCUCAUCAUCCACUAUAAAUAUGACACCCGCAACAACAGUGCAGAUAUUCCAAACUAAACAGUUUGUGUGUAGCGUUUUCCAGUCUCUGCAUGCAUGAGUGACCCUAUAGGGUCUGUUCUGGACUGCUUGCUGAUUUUUAGCUUGAAUACACUGUAAACGUCUGUCGUGUGACUGUGUGAGGGCAGUAGCGUCUCAUCAUGUUUAUAUGUAGAGCAUCUAAGGCAUAUGUGUGUGUCUCUGUGCAUAUAACUUCAAGCUGGUUGCUGAGAAUGUCUUUUCCCAUCUUCAGAUUUUUUUUAUCUUUUAUUUAUCUAUCCAUUAUCAAAGUACCUGAGUUUUAUGUUAGCAGUGCUUUGCAAAUGGCUUAAUUAUUGAAGGAUGUAUGUAUUCUUAAUGUAAGGUUUUGUCCAUAUUAUGUACUGUAAUAUGUCCUGCUGAUGAAUGUACCAUAAUAGUUCAUUGACAUACCUCUAUGGGUUUUUGAGAUUACCUUGAAUAUAGAAUGGAAUAAUCAUUGCUUAUGUGCUGGUAAAUAUGUUGAGCAUUGAAAUUUAACAAAUAAUUAUUUAAUCUCGGAGUAGAUGGAGAGUCAUACAAUAUUCCUGACAAGUAGAACCAAAAGUGUGAUUAUCUAGCCUCCUCUGUGUCUCAUUUUUGUUACACUGGACAAAAAGCCAGUCUUUAAUUACAACAAAAUAAUGACCCCAUACCGGUAUAUCCAAUAUUUCUAAAUCUAAGACUGUUGGCAGUGUCUCUGGCUGAUUAGAGCACAAGAAUCCUUCAUUUUUUUACAGCUUGGCCUCAGUGCUAAAUAAUUUUCUUCAAUGUUGACCAAACGAUAUGCACUUUAAAAGUGUCACAUUUGUUAGUUUCCCCACCCUUUGUUUCACUUCCUCUUCUCUUCCUGUGUGAUUCUGAUUUAUUAAUAAGGCGGAGUUUGUUUCAACCUGGAAUUCUUGGGUUUUUAUAAAGUUUGUAGGGUCCAAUUAAAGAACUUGGUCAAUGA